AUGAGGCUGAGGCUGCCCCGGUUCCCCAAGUCAAGACUGCGCUCCGACAUCGAUGUGUUGCGCACCAUCUCUUUGGAGUUCGGCGCGGAGCAGCUCGACCGCAAGCGCGCUGCGCUCUGGAUGGCAUGCUGCGAUGGGGCCGCAGACACCGUGGCGCAACUCUUCGUGCAGAACGCCGACAGAAUGCUGGAAUGGGGGCUGAAGAGACAUCGCAAGCGCCUCGACGCGCAGCGACUCGCCGCCAUAUACUGGUGGAUGCUCCUGUACGAGUUAGUGAUGUUCCGCAACAGGGGCAUUGACGGCUAUGACAGUGUAGAGGACUUUGAAGCGUUGAGUUCGACAGCCGAAGACCUCAUGGCGGAGCUUGUGAGUCUGCCCCACAUCAGCGCGGUGAACCCUGGCCCCUGGCAGGAGCACUGGAAGCGGCAGGUCUCUCUGGAGGCCGCGCUCGAUAUAUACAACAAUGUCAUGGAUGCUCUGGCGCUCCGCAUCAACGCUGAAACGCGUAUCAUGCGGGUCUCUCUGUUCACCUCAACCACCGAGCGCCGGUUCGAUACCGUUACCAGGUCCACCGUGACAGAAAUCAUGGACGAUUAG